GCCGGGAUACACGCAGCGCUUCGGGUGGGAGCCCUGACCAGGAACUUCUCAUGGACCAGAACAAUGAAGUUGAACUCUGCCUCACCAGAGGCAAAAGAUACUGGCGGCUUUCCACGGCCAUUCGCAUUUCUCUGGCUUAAGUACCUAGGGGUGGCACGGUCUCUGCAUCCUCCCCAGGAUUUUCCCCUUCGUAGCCAUGGACACGCCUACCGACCCCGUAUACGCCUCCUCGCCACCCAGCACGACUGGCAGCGACUCGCCACGGCCUGACUCCCUCGUCCAUCCCCGUCACGACUCGUCCAUCUCUGCUGUCAAUCCGUUCUCCCCGCCGCCCAGCGUCCAUACCUUCAGCUCGCCCGGCCAUACGCCGCUGCACUCUCCUGUGCCAGCGACCGCGACCGGCGCCGAUGCAAGCUACUUCGGCGACGCCAGGACCCCCAUCCACCGCUUCAGCUCCGGCUCGAUACGGCCGGCCAGCAGCCCGCGCGAGACGUUCACGAGCCCGCCCAGCCGGCCGCUGACAAUGCUCAGCACGUCCGUGCCACCGCUGACGCGCGCGGCGGCGCCGCGGACGAAAUCGACGCUCCUGACGGACGAUGCGGUUAUUGAGAAGCCGUGGCUGGAGAAGCGGGACCCGCUGGCGCUCGUCGCAUACUGCAUCACCUAUGGCAUCUUCUUCCUGGGCGUCAUCAUCGGUGGCGUGCGCUGCUACUUGGACUGGACGCACGUCGCGGUUCUGAAGGGCAGCCUCUGUCCCGUCGUCGACCAGUCGUUCGACGGCGGUGACUCUGGGAUCUUCGGCAACGACGGUCUUUUCUUCAGGGAGGUCGACAUGAGCGGGUUCGGAAAUGGCCAAUUUGAGAUGACGACCUCGUCCUCGAAGAACUCCUUCGUCCGCGACGGCCACCUCUAUAUCAUGCCCACCCUGACUUCCGACGACAUCGGAGAGGGCGCCGUCAUGGACAACUACGUCUACAACCUCACCGACUGCACCUACAACAUGACGCAUGGCGACUCCUACACCUCCUCGACUGGCCCAGACGAUGGAUCCUCCUCUUCCCACCAAUCGGACUCCGACUUCGACGUCGACGCCUAUCUGAAGGCGUGCUCCGGGGUGAGUAACGCGACGGCCGGGACGGUCAUCUCGCCGGUGCAGAGCGCGAGGCUCUCGACGCGGUCGAGCGCGAAGAUCAAGUACGGGAAGGUCGAUGUGAAGGCGAAGCUGCCGACUGGGGACUGGCUCUGGCCAGCUAUCUGGAUGCUUCCUGUCAACGGUGCAUACGGACCGUGGCCCUUGAGCGGUGAGAUCGACAUCAUGGAAUCUCGCGGGAAUGGGCCUCGCUACAAGCACCAGGGCACGAACUACGUCCGCGGCUCCCUCAACUGGGGCCCACUCACCUGGCUUAGCUCGGUGUACAAGACGUAUGGUUGGUGGACGCGCCGAAUCGGCACAUACGACCAAGACUUCCACACCUACUCGCUGGAGUGGACCGAAGACUUCAUUCGCAUCUACGUCGACACCCGCCUGCAUCACAUGCUCGAGCUCAAACUCAACGAGCCCUUCUGGGACCGCGGCGACUACCCGGCCGUCGUGCAGAACGGGACGGACUCGGUCGCGCUGGAAAAUCCGUGGGUAAACGGCACUAUGGCAGCACCAUUUGACCAAGAGUUCUACCUCAUCCUCAACUUGGCCGUUGGUGGCACAAAUGGCUGGUUCCCUGACGAGGAUGGCAAGCCAUGGUUAGACGGGUCAGAAACUGCCAUGCGGGACUUCAUCAAGCAUAAGGACAAGUGGUACUCCACUUGGCCCGAGAGCGUCGAGGACCGGGCCUUCAUAAUUGACUCUGUCAAGAUGUGGCAGCAAUGCUAGAAGCUCUGACCUUAUCACUAGUAACAUACGGACACUGAUUUCUCUUUAUACAUAUUUUUUGCUGAGUUUUGUGUAUAUAGACGGGUCUAGAAUGAAUGAACUUUGCCUUGCUGAA